UGUCGGAGGACUUCCUGUUCCGGUCUGCGGUUUGAGGGAAGCGGAAGGAACCCUGUUGGAGCCGGCAUGGCGGGCGCUGGGCUGUGCUUCUUCGUCUUCGUCCUCUUCGCCGUCCUCCUCCAGUUUGCCGCCUUUGGGGCUCCGGCGCCGUCGGGAAGCGGCGGGGUUCAUGAGCAGAACCCCUCCGCGGAGGGAGACCAAGAUCGGAAGGACUUGAAACCACCUGGGGAUCCUUCAGCUCUCACCAAGACUGAAUCCACGCAGCCCCAAUCUGGAGCGACUUCAAUAGAUUCUUCUCAUGCUGAAGGAAAGGAUAGUAAGAACUUGGCAACCAAGACCAAAAACUUAGAUCUGCCUGUUUCAAAUUCUCUCGUCAAGAAUACAGAUCUUAAGGACCCUAAGAACAGUGAGAACUUACAGGCUAAACCCCAAAGUGCACAUGUUCCAGAUUCUUCUCCUGAGAAGUUGAAACUUGAGGAUAGUGAGAACUUAGCACCUGCUACUGAGAGCAGCCAGCCCCAUACAUCUAUAUCAGACCCUGCUACACAGAAGCCAGGUCGUAAUGAAGCUAAACAAAGUGGGAGCUUGCCAGGCGAGUCCAAUGGUGUCAAGUCUGUCACGUCUCUUCCAGAAUCUCCUCCCUUAAUAUCAGAUCCUAAGGAAACCAAGGAAGCAGAGAACUUGUCACCUUCCACUGAAAAUGACCCAGCUCCUCCCCAUAACUCAGAUCAUAAUGAAGCCAAGCAAAAUGAGAAAUUGCCAGAAGAAUCCAAAACCCACCAGUCUGAUGGAUCUCUUGUAGAUCCUGCUCCUCGAAAGCCAGAUCAUAAUGAGGAUAACCAAAGCGAGAAAGUACCAGAAAAGUCCAAAAACCCCCAGUCUGAUAAAUCUGUCGCAGAUUCUCAUUCCUCAAAGUCAGAUCAAAACGAAGCCAGUCAAAAUGAGAAAACCCCUCAUUCUGGUGCAGCUGGUGCAGAAUCUACUUCCCAAAAGUCAGAUCAUAAUGAACCCAACGAAAAGGACAGUGUGCCAGUUGUUCCUGAAAACGACCUGUCUGAUACCUCUAUCCCUAAAGAUGAUGAUGUGGAUGAUGAUAGCAUGAGAGAUGAUGAAACAAUCGGAGGUGGUAAGGAAGGAGAGGAGACUGCUGAAACUGCCCAGUCGGAGAAGGAAGAAGUGAAGAACUCACCAGUCGGUCCGCCGCCUAAAAAUGGGUCUGAAAAUAGCCAUUUCUUUGCCUACUUGGUGACCACAGCUAUUGUUGUUGCUGCGCUCUACAUUGCUUACCACAAUAAGCGGAAGAUUAUUGCCUUUGCUCUGGAAGGGAAAAAAUCCAAGGUAAUCCGAAGACCCAAAUCCAGCGACUAUCAGCGACUAGAUCAAAAGAUCUAAGGUAAACCCAGAAAUCCCAGUCUAAUGAUUGGGUUCACUAUGGACUUAUCCUGAAAAUGAGCCUGCGGAAACAUGAGCUGCCCUUCAUCAGUACAAUCCCUGAAGCCUGUUGGCUGUGCUGCUGUGUCCAGGGAGUGAGAAGAACAGAAGUGCUUUUAAUUGUACACAUGCACUUUGGUAAAAUCUUCAGCUGUUUGAACCCCUUUCAGUUACUUGGAACUUGCACUGUUUUCUCCCAUAUUGUGACAUAAGAACCAACAAGGGACAGUACUGUGUCAGUCACCCAUUCAGUGAUAUGAUGCUUAACCUGCUGUAUUUAGGAAGUGCCUUUUCUGCUGAACAGGCAGAUUGGCUUUAUUUCCUAAGUCCGCUGUACUGUUUUCAUAGUUGAUGCAUGCAGUGUGUGAGUUGACAUGAUAAAGGCUGUUGAUUGUUGUCCAUGGUAUUGAAACCAGCAAUUUCCUUGUUGAACCAUUGCACUAGUUGAAAUGUGGUUUGGCUGGCCAUACCUAUUGGAUGCCUUCUGUCUGUAGAUGGCAAUAUUGAGAAAUGAAGGCUCAGUAUUGCAGAUUUCUCAAGAGAUGUCAGAGCAAGUGAAAAGGAGGAGUCAUCACAUUCUGUAGCUUCCUAAUUCUCCUUUUGUUCAAUUGAUGGUCCAUUUCUUACAUUUAGACCAAAAGUAAAAUGAUUUGAAGUCUGCUGGUAUGAAAGGAUUUGGGCUAAGGAAUGUUUUAAUCUGUUUUUCCCUGUUCCACUCUUUGCCAGGCUUAUUUGGAAAGAAUCUUAACACAUUUUUCAGUCAGUAGUACCAUGUCCUGUUAAAUCUGGCAGUGGAGCUGGCACUUUUCUUAUCCACCCAAGAUCACAAUAAUACAACAGAAAUAUGUCUUCUCACACCUUUUUCAAUGAGCGAACUGUUUCUAAGCACUUGCUUUUUUGUGUUGUCAAGUUGCCAUUCUACCACUAAAUAGACCCUCACUUUUCAACCGAAGAAUUUUAUUACUGUUGCAGACAUCUAAACUUGUUUGCCAUUUCAGAGUCCUGAUUUGGGACACCACUUUGAGUGUGAAGGGCACUUGAUUAGGCUUAGGUAGCAUUAUUCACAAAUGCACUGUAGAAAAUGACAGUUCAGGAGUGUGUGUGUUGAUGUGUUUAUGUAUGCAUUGCAUAGUAACACUUUAAUCUUUGUCUGAAAUCUGAUUUGGGGAUAAGGGUUCCUAUAAUUCCAGUGGGGCAGAUUCAGUGCAAACCAGACUGUCCAGUGUGUGGUGGUCUCCUGGACAGUUCAGCUAUUCCGUUGGUCUUGUUUUGCUUCUGUUGGGAUGAGGGAGUAUGGAAAUUGGGGACAGGAAGUAAAUUCUAGGGUCACGUUUGAGGCCUUUGACUCUUUAUAUAUUUCCAAUCAAAUUCUAAAUUAGUGAGAAAUGACCUCUUGCACUUAGGAGCCGACCCUUGCCUUCAUUAUUGAGCUUUUCUGCAGUGUCUUUCGAUUCUGCCUGCAGAGGCGAGGAAUAAUUUGUGGCUUGGACUCAAGUGCAGCAGAAUGAGGCAGAAAAGCCGACCACUUAACUUCAGGUGGGCCAGUUUACCCAUUAAAAAAUGCCUGUGGAUAGAAAGCUAGCAUGUAUGUUGGCUGUGUAUAAUGAAUGUAGCCUAGGCCUUUCCUUGCUGAAUAAGGUUUAAUGUGUAGGAACUUCCACCUUGGCAGCCUAAGGGGUUGCAAAUUGGUUACAUUACUUAUUCAAUCACAUACUCAAGGCACUUAUCAACAAGUGACUAAUAGCUCUCAUGUAACUGAGGGGAGAUCUUGCUAUCUCUGGAACACUUCAUGCUAAUGGUAUAACCACUGGCAUAUGUUAGUCCUGCACAUUAGCAAAUGGCAGAGCAUCAAUAGUGUAUAACAUUGUGAGGCCAUGAAAUGGCUUCUUGGUUGGCAAUUAGGAAAGGAUUGUCCCUUUUGAUGCAAAAUCUAGAUUUCUGGAGUGCAAUGGUCUUGUGCACUAAGCCCUUAGUAAAAAUACUGGGUGGGUGAAUUUGGUUAUUGUGCUUGACAUUAAAAACCCUGUGCUGUUUCCUUAAUUAAAAAUAAAGUUAACUUCGGGAAUGCCUUCUUUCUCUUUAAUACAUUUCGUGUUAUUUUGACUUUGCAUUCAAGGUUAACAUUUUAAAUAGAUGAAAGCUUGUUCAGUGUUCUCUGCAUUUUACAUUGCUAUUAUUUUUACCUCAACUUGAAAUGAAUUGUGUUCUGUUGAUGGAUAGCUUUCUUGCCAAAUGUGUCUUAUUUUCUCUUUAGGUCACCUCCCUUCCCUGUUUGAAUCCACAAGUGUGUGUUUCUGGUUCUGUCAGCUUUAAAAACAAAUGAGACACUUUAAAGUUUAGACUUGUUUUUAAUCUUUGUAAUCUUUUUUCUUGUGAAGUGAAUUUAAAUAAAUUGAUAUGCCAAACUCU